AUGGCACGAGCGAGUCUGAACCACGACACAGGGGGCCUGACGCCCGCUUUGCAGAAGCGGGGGCGGCUUGGGAAGCGGUCGGGGCCAGCGGCUCGGCUGGACGCCAUCCUCCGACACCUCUCCCCGCGGCUGGGAGCAGUCCCUGCUCCUUCAAGCGUUCCUACUUCAGCCCUAGUUAGUGCGGUUCCUCAACCAGAGAGGUUUCGCUACACCCUGGACAACGAUGUCCUCACCACAGAGCAAAGGCAGUUCUACGAAGACAAUGGGUAUCUGCUCAUUAAGAAGCUCGUUUCUGAUGAAGACAUUGAACGCUUCAGGAAGGAGUUUGUGAGGAUCUGCAAAAAAGAGGUGAAUCUACCAGGAGCUAUGAUUAUGAAAGACGAGUCCCUGAGAUCCCAGUAUGGUCAGUCUGAAAAAGUGGUUAACAAAGUGCAGGACUUCCAGGAAGAUGAAGAGUUGUUCAGAUACUGUACUCUGCCGGAGGUCCUCAAAUACGUUGAGUGCUUCACAGGGCCAAACAUCAUGGCAAUGCACACCAUGCUGAUAAAUAAACUUCCAGAUUCUGAUAAACAGACUUUUCUCCACCCCAUGCAUCAGGACUUGCACUAUUUCCCCUUCCGGCCUGCGGCCCGCAUCGUCUGCUCCUGGACCGCCAUGGAGAGGUCCGACCAGGACAAUGGGUGCCUGGUCGUGCAGCCAGGGACGCACAAGGAGCCCCUGAAACCUCAUGGCUAUCCAGAUUUGGAGGGUAAAACCAACAAACUUUUCCAUGGGCUGCUUGAUGAGGAUGAGAAGGCUCCCAGGGUUCACCUUGUCAUGGAGAAGGGAGACACUGUGUUCUUCCAUCCCCUGCUCAUUCAUGGCUCUGGGAUAAACAAGACAUCAGGGUUCCGAAAGAGCAUAAGCUGUCACUUUGCCAGCUCAGAGUGCUACUACAUUGAUGUCAAGAACACGACCCAAGAGGACCUGGAGAAAGAACUGGUAGAAAUGGUUCACAAGAAAUACAACGCGACUUCCGUGGAACUCAGGGAUAUUUGGAACUUCCGAGCACGGCUUGUGCAAGGGGAAAGAAUUAACCUGUAG